AAAGCCGCGGUACAAGAAUGAGAGUUUACCUUGAAUGGCAAACUACGAAAGAUUGAAGAGAGUAAAGAAAAUAUCCGUGCCCUUUUUUCUCCAACAGCUCUAUCUCUCUCUGAGACCCAAUUCCACAAUGAAUUAGGGUUCUUUGUUUCUUUCAAUUCUUCCAUCUCCGCCAAAACCCUAGCCCUAGAGUCCCCAAAACCCUAGAGUCACAAUGGCGGAGAGUGCAUCAUCAUCCCCAAAACCCAUGCAACCCACCAACCCCAUUGACCCCAUUCCCCAGAACCAAUCUUCCUCCUCAAACCCCCCAAUUCCCUCUCCUUCGCCCUCCAUUGAUCUCCCUCAAAUUUCCUCUCCGCCUCUCCCUCCUCUGCACCAAUCCCAGUCUCAGCCUCAGCAAAUUCUGCCUGGGUUGAAUUACCCUAUCCAGCAGACACUACAGCGGUCGCCGUCCAUGUCAAGGAUCAAUUCAAUGCAGUCUCAGACGCAGCAGCAGCAGCAGCAGCCGAUGAUGGUGCGCCAGCAGACGGGGAUGUAUAGCCAGAUGAACUUCGGUGGGUCCGCGAUUCAGCAGGCUCAGAAUCAGCAGCAGCUGGGGGGUGGUGCUGCUGGUGGCGGUGGGGGAGGGAAUUUGUCGCGGUCAGCGUUGAUGGGGCAGACUGGGCACUUGUCACCUAUGCUGUCAGGACAGGCUGCGGCCGCGGCGGCUGUUGCUCAGUUCAGUUUGUUGACGUCGCCAAGACAGAAAGCAGGACUGGUCCAGGGUUCCCAAUUUCAUCCAGGUAAUGCUCCGGGGCAAUCUUUGUCAGGAAUGCAAGCAAUUGGGAUGAUGGGGCCCCUUAAUUUGAGUUCACAAUUAAGACCAAAUGGGACCCUGACUUAUGCACAGCAGCGGAUAAACCAGGGGCAGAUGAGGCAGCAAUUGACACAACAAUCUCAGUUGACCCCUUCUCAGGCUCAAAGCCGGCCAAGGACAUCGUCACUCGCAUUUAUGAACCCACAGCUGUCUAGCUUGACCCAGAAUGGACAACCAGGUAUGCUACAGAACUCUUUAUCUCAACAGCAGUGGUUGAAGCAAAUGCCAGCUAUGUCUACUCCUGGGUCUCCUUCAUACCGUCUUCAACCGAGGCAACAGGUCCUCUAUCAACAACAAUUGGCUUCAUCUCCUCAGUUGCACCAGAACCCUAUGGCCUUGAACCCACAGCAACUAUCCCAGCUGGUGCAGCAACAGCCACAAAUGGGACAUCAGCAGCUUCAGCAGCAAAUACAAUCACAACAACAACAACAACAACAGCAACAACAACAGCAGCAGCAGCAGCAGCAGCAGCAGCAGCCAACUUUGCAUCAGCAACAGCAGCAACAGGCUUCUCCAAGGAUGGCAGGUCCUGCAGGCCAGAAAUCUUUAAGUUUGACUGGAUCCCAGCCAGAUGCUACGGCAUCUGGGACAACUACACCAGGGGGGAGUUCAAGCCAAGGAACAGAAGCAAGCAAUCAACUUCUAGGGAAGAGAAAGAUCCAAGAUCUAGUUUCACAGGUGGAUUCACAAGGAAAGCUGGACCCUGAAGUUGAAGAUCUUCUUUUGGAGAUUGCUGAUGACUUCAUUGAUUCGGUAACUACAUUUGCAUGCAGCUUGGCAAAGCAUCGGAAAUCUUCCACUUUAGAGUCCAAGGAUUUAUUGCUACACCUAGAAAAAAAUUGGGAUUUAAAAAUUCCAGGAUACUCGAGUGAAGAGCAGAAGAACCAAACAAAACCUUCUUCAAGUGAGCUCCACAAGAAGCGUGUUGAUAUGGUACGAGCAUUGAUGGAAUCCUCACACUCUGAAACAAAUGCAAAUGCAAAAGAGAUGAUGAGGCAGGGCCUUGGCAACAACCCAGUUGGUGCGAAUCCAAUGAUGAGGCCUUCACCUUCACCAAGUGCAGAGCCAUUGGUUUCACAAUCAACCAGUUCCCAAAUGCUGCAGCAGAUUACCCGGUUUUAAUGAACAACUUCUCACUUGUUACCUGAUAGGGUUUAACUGACUGGACCAUAUUGGUUCAGCAGCUGUAACUAGUUGGUGUAUGUAUUUCAGAGGAGUCGAAACAUGGUGGAAAAAAAAGAAAAAGAAAAAAGAAAAGGGAAAAAAACACAGCAGUGGACGAUCUUCCAUUUCAUUUAUAGUUGAUUACAGUCAUUCCAUUUGGCUGACACUGCAACAGAAAAUACCCUAAACUGAUAGGACACCCCCUAGCUAGCUUCAAGCUCGUUUAGCAUAACAGCAACAUAGAUUUUGGUUGAGUGAGCCUUGUAAUUUUAAUAAUACUUAUAUGAACAGAUGGUUUUCUUGCUUUGGACUUGGACCCUUUGUAGCUUAGUGAACUUAAAAAGAGGAGGGCUCUGCUCUUGGAACUGCCCCACCAUUUCAACAGUGCUCUUGUAUAAAUGUUAGUUAAAUUGCAGGUAUUUGGCAUGAA